AGAGCUAGUGAAACAAUGGGUUCCUCAACACAGGUCAAGCUUCCGGUUAUUGAUUUAUCUUUAAAAAGUUUAAACUUAAAAUCAAGUGCUUGGGUUACAAAGUGCGACGAAGUUAGAUGUGCACUUGAAGAAUACGGGUGCUUCAUAGCCGUGUAUGAUGGAGUGUCUGGUGAACUUCGUGAUGCAACUUUCCGUGCAUCACAAGAAUUGUUUAAACUUCCUACCGAGGUGAAAGCCUUAAACAUUCUAGAUACGCCAUAUGGUGGUUAUACUCAACCACCCAUGCUUCCUCUUUAUGAAAGCUUAGGCAUUGAACAUGUAACCACUAAAGAAGGAAUUGAAAGUUUCACAAAACUCAUGUGGCCAUCCGGAAAUCAAAGUUUCUCUGAAAGUAUGCUGAUGUACUCAAAGGCUGUAGCAGAACUAGACCAGACAGUGAUGAAAAUGGUAGCAGCUAGUUAUGGAAUAGAAGAACCCUAUGAAUCGAUCCGUGGGUCGACAACUUAUCUUCUUAAACCCACGAAAUACCUAAGCACUCAAGGGAACGAGAAGAUAGCGGGAAUUCAUCCACACACUGAUAGAUGCUUCAUGACUUAUCUUCAUCAGAAUGAAGUAAAUGGUCUGCAGAUAAAAGCCAAAGAUGGAGAAUGGAUUGAUGUUGAUUAUCCACCAUCAUCUUUUGUAGUCAUGGCAGGAGAUGCUUUCAUGGUAUGGACAAAUGGAAGAAUCGAAGCGCCAACUCACAGGGUGAUGCUGACUACUGGGAACAAAGACAGGUUUGUACUGGGGAUAUUUGCAACUAUCCGGGAUCAAAUCACGGUACCUCAACAACUUGUUGACGAAGACCAUCCGCUGCAGUUUCAUGCAUUUGAUAAUUCCAAGUAUACACAUUUCUGCUACACUGAGGAAGGGCUAAAGUCAGAAUGCCCCAUCAAAACCUACUGUGGAGUUUAAAGAGCCAUUCACUAAGAUAUGAGUAUUCGUUUCAGAGCCAGUAAUAUAUUAAGAAGCGUAUAAUACAAUACGUUUGUACCUAUUACUUUGAACCGCAUAAUACGUUUCUCCCUCCCAGAGUACAAGCGCAAUAUGCGGGUCUCGUGGUUCUCAACAUAUUAUUAGUUCUGAAACAAGCUUGCCCCUAAGUAUAUUAAUCAACUGUGUAUUGUUUGAAUCUAUCCCACCAUUGUUUGAUCAUAUCUAUGUAUGCUUGUUGUUUCUUGUUUCCCUUUGUUCAAGUAAUAAUCAGUGUAUGAAUGCAUAAAAUUAUUAGUGAUUCAAAAGUUCAAUGUA